UCUCUAUGAGUCCAUGUUCUAGAUGCUCCAUCCCACCCAACUUGUUAAUAGUGAGGGAUGGUGUGACCUUCCUGUGUGGAAUUCCCGGACAUACAGAAGGACUGGGGACAUCUCUCUGGUGGUCUCCUCCUUAACACCGGUGAUUGUCGAGGGAGCGGCUGAUUGUCCAUCAUGACGUCCUUGUAGGAGAUCCUUGUGUCCUUCUAAAUACUCCCACUCCUCAUGGAAGAAAUAGGACAGUGACACCACUGACACCUUAUAGGGAAC